ACCCCCGUUCCCUUUUCCCCCUUUCUCCUCGUCCUCCCAUUUCUCACGCGGAGAGGGGAGAGGCCAGCUAGGGUUCCCUCCGUCAGCCUCUUCUUCCCCCCCACCCUCCUCCUCCUCCUCCUCCGGCGAAGCCCCCCGCCCGCCCCGAUCUGACGGCGAUGGCGACGCACGAGCGGAAGACCGUCGAUCUGGAGGAAGGGUGGGCGUUCAUGCAGAAGGGCAUCACCAAGCUCAAGAACAUCCUCGAGGGCAAGCCCGAGCCGCAGUUCAGCUCCGAGGACUACAUGAUGCUCUACACGACGAUAUACAACAUGUGCACGCAGAAGCCCCCGCACGACUACUCGCAGCAGCUCUACGACAAGUACCGCGAGUCCUUCGAGGAGUACAUCUCCUCCAUGGUCUUACCCUCAUUAAGAGAGAAGCAUGAUGAGUUUAUGUUGAGGGAGCUAGUAAAGAGGUGGUCAAACCACAAAGUGAUGGUUCGAUGGCUGUCACGUUUCUUUCAUUACCUUGAUCGAUACUUCAUUUCGCGGAGAUCACUUCCAGCAUUGAGAGAAGUUGGGCUUAGUUGCUUCCGAGAUUUGGUAUAUCAAGAAAUUAAAGGGAAAGUAAAAAGUGCAGUGAUUUCACUGAUAGACCAAGAACGUGAGGGUGAACAAAUUGACAGGGCUCUGUUGAAGAACGUUUUGGAUAUAUUUGUUGAAAUCGGCUUAGGCAGUAUGGAAUGUUAUGAAAAUGAUUUUGAAGAUUUCUUGCUGAAGGAUACUGCAGAUUACUACUCUAUCAAGGCUCAAACUUGGAUUGUGGAAGACUCUUGUCCUGACUAUAUGUUGAAGGCUGAGGAGUGCUUGAAGAGGGAGAAGGAACGAGUUGCUCAUUAUUUGCAUUCUAGUAGUGAACAGAAGUUAUUGGAGAAAGUGCAACAUGAACUGCUAACCCAGUAUGCAAACCAGCUUCUUGAGAAGGAGCAUUCUGGAUGCCAUGCAUUACUUCGUGAUGACAAGGUUGAGGAUCUCUCAAGGAUGUACAGGCUCUUUUCUAGAAUAACUCGGGGCCUAGAACCCGUUUCUCAAAUAUUUAAGCAGCAUGUUACUAACGAGGGGACAGCAUUGGUGAAACAAGCAGAAGAUGCUGCUAGCAAUAAGAAGCCAGAGAAGAAGGACAUUGUUGGUUUGCAGGAACAGGUUUUUGUCCGGAAAAUCAUUGAGCUGCAUGACAAAUAUGUAGCAUACGUCACCGACUGUUUCCAGGGCCAUACUCUCUUCCAUAAGGCACUUAAAGAGGCUUUUGAAGUGUUCUGCAACAAAGGUGUUUCUGGCAGUUCCAGUGCCGAAUUGCUUGCCACCUUUUGUGAUAAUAUUUUAAAGAAAGGUGGCAGUGAAAAACUCAGUGAUGAAGCUAUUGAAGACACCCUAGAGAAGGUCGUUAGAUUACUCGCCUACAUCAGUGACAAGGAUCUUUUCGCCGAGUUUUAUAGGAAGAAGUUGGCAAGAAGAUUACUUUUUGACAAGAGUGCUAAUGAUGAGCAUGAAAGAAGCAUCCUGACCAAGCUAAAACAACAGUGUGGUGGCCAGUUUACUUCAAAAAUGGAGGGUAUGGUUACCGAUCUUACUGUUGCAAGAGAUCACCAGACAAAGUUUGAAGAGUUCAUUAGUGCACACACUGAAUUGAAUCCUGGGAUAGACUUGGCGGUCACCGUUCUGACGACAGGAUUCUGGCCAACUUAUAAGUCUUUCGAUAUAAACCUUCCUGCUGAGAUGGUGAAAUGUGUUGAGGUUUUUAAAGAGUUUUAUCAAACAAGAACAAAGCAUAGAAAACUUACUUGGAUAUAUUCUUUGGGAAUCUGUCAUAUCACGGCAAAGUUUGAGGCCAAGACUAUUGAGCUCAUUGUUACAACUUACCAGGCUGCAUUAUUGCUACUGUUCAAUGGAGCUGAUAGACUUAGUUAUUCUGAGAUAGUAACUCAACUGAACCUGUCAGAUGAUGAUGUAGUGAGGUUGCUUCAUUCUCUCUCUUGUGCGAAAUACAAGAUUCUUAACAAAGAACCAGCUGGCAGAACUAUUUCUCCUACUGAUGUAUUUGAAUUCAAUUCAAAAUUUACUGACAAGAUGAGAAGAAUUAAGAUACCUCUACCUCCAGUUGAUGAGAAAAAGAAGGUAGUUGAAGAUGUUGACAAAGAUCGAAGAUAUGCAAUUGAUGCUUCCAUUGUGCGUAUUAUGAAGAGCCGCAAAGUCUUGGGUCAUCAGACACUAGUAAUGGAGUGUGUGGAGCAGCUUGGUCGCAUGUUCAAGCCCGACUUCAAGGCAAUAAAGAAGCGCAUUGAGGAUCUUAUAACGAGGGAUUACCUGGAGAGGGACAAGGAGAACCCGAACGUCUACCGAUACUUGGCUUGAUCAUCGGCUCCGGGUGCUCGGUUCGGUGACACCUGGUGUGUAUACCUGAUAUUUACAGAUGCUAUAUUUUGUGCCAUGGCACGCCAGCAUUGGCUUCUCCAAGUGGAUACCCUGGUGCUGCUGACAUAUGUCGCUUGUACAUGAGGGUUGUCAGGUAGAGCGCGGCUUGUCUUAUGGUAGAACUGCCCUGGUAACAGAGAAGGGAGUUCGCCGAGACAGGCCUUGGUGUACUACUGGUUGUUGAGCUUGUGCGAUUGUUGUAUUAUCGAUAUAGUUUUCUUGUAUUAUCCAGGCGCUGCAAAGAUAAUUCUGAGCAAUAUCUCCUGUGAGAUCGCCUUCUGCUGUGUAAUCUAUGUAUCAGUAACGAGAGGUUGUAUUUAGACUUCACAAUGGUUAAUAUAAAGAGAAAAUAUUUGUUUUAAAUCA